AUGGCCAUCCGGAUUAGUCCAGAUGAAUGUUCAUCUGCCAAACACGCAAUGAAUCAAGAACCUCUAUCUCUUGGCGCCAUCAUUGACAUGAUAGCAGGUCUGUGCACAUGUAACCAGAUCAGCUUUGGUACCAGUGGAAAUAGGCAAAACCCCACUUGCAUGGUCCGGUAUGAGAGAAGCAGAAUGCUCCAGAUCGCAAUGAUCCCAGGUCCAGGUGCACCUGCCAAUUUCUGGUCGUUCAUGGAACCAACGAUGAAAGAGCUCCUGGUGUUGGAGAGUGAAGGGAUGGUCGUCAAGACACCAAACGAGACCAUUUGUGCCAAGGUACAUGUCUUAAUGGUCACUGGUGACAUUCCCACCUUAGCAAAGUUGGCAUGUCAUUCUGGACAUAUGAGCAAAGAUGGUUGCCGUAUCUGUCAUGUUGUCGGCCAAUGUCCCAAGCACGGACAAUACUUCAGAACUUUGCCCAGCACCAAUAUCCGUACGCUGGAAAGUUUCCAGAAUUUUUCCCAGGCCAGUGCAUCCAGCCGCAAAGGGUUAAACGGACAAUCCCCCCUGGCAACAUUGAAGGUAUUCUCUGGACCAUUGUUUUUUGCCCUCGAUGAGAUGCAUGGACUUUGCCAUGGAAUAAGCAAGCAGAUCUGGGGUUUGGUUUCUGGUACCUAUGGAACAGACCAUUGUUUUGCUCUUUCUUCUGGUGUUCGGAAGGAGAUCGGUACAGCAAUGGAUGUAUACAAGAACCCUGGGUCGUUCAAGGCCGUCGAUUGGGCAGACUUUCUUCUGUUCGUCAUCCCUAUGCUGGUGGCAGAGCAUAUUGGAGAUGCAACUGCCCAGAACGCGUUACUUGGCUUGGUUCAAGCAUGUAACCUACUAAUGAGCUGGGAGUUAUCAGCAGAGGAACAAACCUCUAUCAAAAGUAAACUUGAAAUAUGGAACAUGUACCUGGAAUCGCUGCUUACAAGUGGAAAAAUCAAAAUCAAUAUUUUCACUAUAAACCAGCAUCUUCUUCAGCACUAUCCUCUCAUGAUUGACGCAUACGGCCCACCUCGUGCAUAUAGCGCCAGAUCCGUGGAACGGGCAAUCGGUGAAUACUCAAGGGCUAUCAAGAAGGCCGGAGCCACUGUCAUGAUUAUAGAAGCAAGAACAGCACGACACUUACAAUAUGAAGAUUCCACUGCUGGUUGGCCGUUGACAGAUGAGGGUGAGCGUGUUGGUGCUGGGUCUGAUAUUGAGUUCUGGGGGCCUUUGAGGAAUAGAACGAUCCGAGAUAGUUUUGAAGGCAUUUCUUGUCUUUCGAAACUUCUUGAAGACUUCUACAAAUCAAAGGGGGAAGAGUGUAGUAUGAUUGAAGCAGCUAUACAAACUAGCCGCAAGGCAUUUGUCAAUGGUUGUGUGAUUGACUCUGCACUCGACCAAAAUUGUGUAAGGGAGGCACAUAACAUCAGAUUACAGAUUCAGGUUGAUGAAAACCGCAACAUAAAUUCUGCAUACUCCCCGGUUUACAAGGAUUUCUUCGGAAAAGUUGUUGUCUUCUUUGAGCACAAGCUCAACAACAAGAGAUGGCCGCUUGCUCUUGUAGAGAUUGCAGCAGUCCGUUUGGUAAAUGGUAUACCAGUUGUUAACAAUGGGCAAAUGAAGCCAAAGGUAGUUCACCUGGCAGAUGUCAAAGAAUUGGUUGGUUUGGUGAAGUCGGACGCAACUAUAAAUACAACAACAACAACAACAUACAUAGUGUGGCCAGAGCUUAACCGCGGCCCAAAAUUGUCACUUGGUUCUCUUGCAGACCUAUAA